UUACGUUGGCAACACUGAUAUUCUGCCAACUAAAUGUCAAACAUAUGGAUUAUUUAUGGUGGUGGGCCUUUGCCGCAGUGUAAAAUUUACUGUUUUUAGUUUUUUCAUGACUUUCGACAUUAUAUUUUCGUUUUAAAUAAUCAUGAUGGAGGGUUCCUUGAGUAAAUGGACGAAUGUGAUGAAAGGUUGGCAGUAUCGGUGGUUCGUUCUGGAUGAAAAUGCCGGACUCCUCUCCUACUACACGUCUAAAGAAAAGAUGACGCGGGGCGUGCGGCGUGGCUGCGUCCGACUUCGAGCCGCCGUCAUAGGUAUAGACGAUGAAGACGAUUCUACGUUCACCAUCACAGUCGAUCACAAGACUUUUCACUUCCAGGCCCGAGACGGUUCAGAACGCGAGCGAUGGGUCCGCGCCCUCGAAGACACGAUACUCCGCCACGGGCGUCGCUCGCGCUGGUCGCGAAGCGUUCCCGCGCCGAGCGCUCGCCACGGAGACCUAGAACGACGCAUCGCGGAGGCCGACGCGUACUUACAGAUCAUGAUCGAGCUGGUAGAGAAAAUGACACUAAGGGUAUCGGAGCUGCCGGAUCCGCAUGAAAAGGCGAAAGGACAAGUUAUACUAGACCAUUCCAAUGCAAUGUUGGAUAACAUAAAACAUUCCAUAGUGCUUCUACAAAUAGCUAAGAAUACAGUAAAUCCCGUAAACGGUGUCUACCAAGGACCAACAAGUACCUCACAAACACAUAUCAAACAAGGGUCAUCAGAUGUCUCUCCGCACGUGGAGCUGGGCUCCGAAUGCCGAGAGCUGUCUACUUCUACACACUCACUGCCAUUAGAAGCCAUCGACGCGACGAGGCAAGCCAUGUCGCUACUAGUGCCAGACACGUCCUACUCGUCAUCAGAAGGCGAAGACGAUUUCUUUGACGCGGACGACGGGGUGGAAGCCACGCAGCCGGGACCUAGUGCAAGUCGGACUUGCCCGGCAGAGGGCGCGCCUGAGCCGGACUCGGCGCCGCCCGUCGACCUGCCGCGGACCAGAGAUGGAGAAAUCGACUAUGAUGCGUUAUACGAGGAGGAGUCAGACAGCGAACUCGGUUCGAUGGAGAACCAUGGGUCCGUGGUCACGCAUCUGCUGUCGCAGGUCAAGAUUGGAAUGGACCUCACCAAGGUCGUCCUCCCCACUUUUAUACUAGAAAGGCGAUCGUUGCUGGAGAUGUACGCGGACUCUUUCGCGCACCCCGACCAGUUUGUCAAGAUAGUAGACCAGCCCACACCCCGCGACCGCAUGAUCCAAGUGGUCCGGUGGUACCUGAGCUCCUACCACGCCGGCCGCAAGUCCCAAGUGGCCAAGAAGCCAUACAACCCCAUCCUGGGCGAGGUGUUCCGCUGCUACUGGGACCUGGACGCGAACGAGGCACAACCCCAGGACAAGCUACAAGAAGUCGGUGACGGACCUGUGCCUUGGUGUACACCCGAGCAGCUAUCGUUCGUCGCAGAACAGGUCUCCCACCAUCCGCCCAUCUCUGCGUUCUACGCAGAACACGUCAACAAACGUAUACAGUUCGAGGCAUGGGUGUGGACAAAAAGCAAGUUCCUAGGGCUGUCGAUCGGUGUGCACAACAUCGGUAAAGGCACUGUCACACUUCUGGACACGGGCGAGGAGUACACGCUCACUUUCCCUAACGGAUACGGCAGAUCAAUACUAACAGUCCCCUGGAUCGAACUCGGCGGCUCUGUAUGCAUAGAAUGCGUCCAAACCGGACAUAAGGCGAACGUGGAAUUUCUUACCAAACCCUUCUACGGAGGGAAGAAGCAUCGUGUGACGUGCGAAGUGUUCGCCGGGACGGAAAAGAAACCUUUUUAUACAGCGCAGGGGGAGUGGAACACUAGGGUAGACGGACGGUGGACAGAAUCUGGGCGCACCGAAGUCCUCUUCGAGGUGUCAAACAUGAAGCCGCGUCGCAAACGCGUCGCGCCCGUCUCGCGCCAGCAGCCGCACGAGUCGCGCCGCGUCUGGAGACACGUCACCGCCGCACUCAGGGCGCAGGACUGCGAGCAGGCAACGCUGGCUAAAAGCAGGGUGGAGCAGGCUCAGAGGGAUCAGGCUAAACAGAGGACAGCGAAUGGGGAUAAAUGGAACACGCAGCUAUUCAGUCCCGUGGGCGAGGAGGCGUGGGAGUACAACACGCCGCUGCGCAAGCGGCACGAGCGCCGCGACAACAGCGAGCGGUAAUGUCGCUUCGCCGUCGCGUCGCCGCCAUGUCGCCAUUGUGUCGCCGUCAGGUCGCCAUUGUGUCGCCGUCGGGUUGCCACCGUGUUUCUCUGACUGGUUAGGCGUUCCACUAGUGUCUUUCUUCGAAUGCUACUAAGGGUCGGUUGCAUCAAACCGUUGAAGCGAUCGAUAAAUUUUAUUGUGUGGGAAGUUCCAUAGACUUCCGCUGUGUGGCGUUGAUGUGUCUCUUAACUGUGGUUGAGCUGGCCAUAUGUGCUGAAACUUGAGCAUUCACUUGUUAUGAGCAUUCUUGUGACUAGAAAAAUUAGUGUUUUUUAAUAAACAGUGAAUACUUAAGUCUGUCAGUACCUUAAUACUGGAGACGCGUUUUGGUCUGUAUGUCAAAUAUUUAAGCGAUAUGUUUUGAUUUGUAAAACCCUUGUUUAAACUUAAUUUUGAUGCUCGAUUAAGCUAAAAUUGAACACGUAACUUUGGUAAUUCAAUGUUAUGGUACCAUGAUACUGGUCUAAUAGAUAGUUGCAAAUCUUGCAAUUUCAAUUAUGAAUUUUCAUUGAGUUUGGGCUCUUCAAAAUCUAGAAAAUAUUGUAAGUCAAAAAAUCACUUCUAGCAUUUUUAAAAAUUAAAAAGUAACAUUAUGUAAAGUAAGGACGCUAAGCAUAUUAAAUUCUUAUACCUGACGCAUCUAAUUAUGGUCUUUGCGACAUUCUCUUUUGGUUGGGGUCGAUUUAAAAAAAAAACCGAUAUGAUGUUUUUUUACAUUAUUUUUCUUUACUAUAUUUUUAAAUGGGUGUGCUAAAGUUCCGGAAAAUGUCACGUCAUUUUAUUUGAUAAAAAAAAUAUUUCCAUAGAGACGCAACACUCGAUGCGUGAAGUAUAGUGUCCUUACUUUAAAAAAUUGUAGAAUGUCCUUCGGGAAUGAUAUUAAACUAGUAUUAUUCAGACAAAAAAGAAGUAAAAAAAACGAUUUUUUAGGCACGGAAUGCCACAUUUCGGGCGCGUUUACACGGCUGUUCGAAAUUCAAAAAUCUGCAUCAGCUGUCUAAUUCGAAGCUCGAUUUGGUCAUAGACUACAAAUCUAACUCGGUGUACUUUUGACCGACGUGUGUAUGGAGUUUUGGCAUUAGGUUAUACGGGUUUAGCUGUUCUAUUUGCCAUAAUUUUAACGAAUUUCCGCCACAUUUCAUGGUCAAUACGUAUCAUGAGGAAAAAGUAUUCAUGAUUUUCUAUUUAAAGUCUGGUAAAAAUUAAAAAGUAGUAAAUGUCUAAAAAAAGUUACGACACUACAAUGUUACCACUUUUUAAUUUAUACUUAUUUUGCCAAGUUAUCAAAUUAUUGUUGUUCUUAACUGUAUAAAACAUAUUUACAUUUACCUGCUGAUUUUGAUAUCUGACCAUUCAUGUGGCAACUAUUUUGUAUCUCUAUGAACAUCUACUGUUAUUAUACUCGAUGAAUGAUAAUGAUGAUAAAUAAUACUUACUGAGCAAAGAAAGCGAAAAAUUUCUAUAUAUUGUACUUAAAUUGUCAUCUUGCUUAUCUCGAUAUUUCAUGUUGUACAAUCAAGUGCAAAAAUAUGUAUAGAAAAAACGUCUCAAAAAUAUGGUACAGUCAGCUGCAGUGAAAAGUAGACCGCCUUACAUACAAAUUUGUAUGCAGGGGGGUCUACUUUUCUCUACAGCUGACUGUACUAUGCUCUUAAACACACAGGAUUUAGAUUAAAUGUGACAUAUUUUUGAGUAAAGCGUGUACAUAUUUUUACACAUGACUGUACUUGUACAAAGAGUAUGAAGUAUUAUUUAUUAUUCCUUCAAUUUUUAGACUAGAGACCAGACUAGAACUAGAAAAUUAGACAGAAACUUCAGUUUCAUGAAGCUCGUGAGGAAAAAGGAGGGAUUAUAAGGUAACCCAAUUUUAUUGCACUAUAUUUUACCAAUUAGAUAAGCUAUAAUCGCAAAGAAUGUUCCGAUUUCUCCAUACAAGUAGAAUACUAUUUUUUUUUUAAUUGAUAAAAGUGUAGAAGUUUAGUGAAACGUCGCACUUUGUUGGUAGGUAACCAUAAACACGAUAUUUGCUUCCGUCUUUAUACGAGUAACCGGUCAAAACUCAAAACAUCCCUACAGCAAGCGACAAAGUGGGACUUUUUGCUGGAAAAUUACACAGAAAUGGGUUAUUUUUUAUACCUUUACCUACGCUGAAUCAUAGAUCAGUUUGCUAUGUGUAUGUCGUCUGGUAAAAGGGACCUUGACACAUUCACUACCAGACCAAAAAUGGCGCACUACGUCAGAAACCGGUCGUUAUCUACAACCGCUCACUUGUAUGGCGGCAACCCGCUGGGCUGGUUGUCUGGCAUCUGAGCAAAGUUCAAGGGUGUCUACCAGGCGGGUUCUUGGUUGCGAAGGUGGUAAAUGCUAGUCUCCACCUGCGCAAAGGUCCCUUUUACGACUAUAACACUUUCACAGUCCAGUGUUCCAUAUUUGGAUCACGACAUACUCGACAAGUCUAUGUCCCAUAUAUGGGUCAGUAAGGAUCUGUAUCUACCGA